CGGUCCCAGCUGCCCUCCGCGCGUGGCGGGUGGGAGCGUCCUUCUGUCCCCACCGAAGAGGUGUGGGGGAGCGGCCUCGACUGCCGGGCCAUGGCAGUAGCCUCCUCGUCUUCUGCCACUGCUGGUGCCCCCAAGUUGCCGGCUUCCGCGCGAGGGACCCCUACCGCCUCUGCCGGCUGAGGAGCCGCUGCCGCCACCGAGCUGGGAGGGCGACUAUGCUCCGUCCUGGCCUCUGCCUUCCCGUCCUGGCGCAGGCACUCCUCUGGCCGCUCAGUCCCGUCUCAGCAUCAAACCAGAAGAGAAGUAAAAUUCACAACAAUUUAUUAUGUUUGGAGUUCCGUUUUAAGAGAAGAAAGUGAUCCUUGAGACUAUGGAUCGGAGCAAGCGGAAUUCCAUCGCAGGAUUUCCUCCACGCGUGGAACGUCCUGAGGAGUUUGAAGGAGGUGGUGGAGGGGAUGGGAACAUGACGCAGGCGGGAAGAGUGUGGCCAUCUUCGUACCAGGCGCUUAUGAAGGCAUUUUCCAGACUGACACGUUUGGAUGAUUUUACCUGUGAAAAAAUAGGAUCUGGCUUCUUCUCUGAAGUUUUCAAGGUGCGCCACCGAGCUUCGGGUCAGGUGAUGGCUCUUAAGAUGAAUACCUUAAGCAGUAACCGGGCAAACAUGCUGAAAGAAGUACAGCUCAUGAAUAGACUCUCCCAUCCCAACAUCCUUAGGUUCAUGGGUGUAUGUGUACAUCAAGGACAAUUGCAUGCACUUACAGAGUAUAUGAACUCCGGGAACCUGGAACAGUUGCUAGACAGUAACCUGCAUUUGCCCUGGACUGUGAGGGUGAAAUUAGCCCGUGACAUUGCAGUGGGCCUCAGCUACCUUCACCUCAAAGGCAUUUUUCAUCGGGACCUCACAUCCAAGAACUGCCUGAUAAAGAAAGAUGAGAACGGUUACUCGGCAGUGGUGGCUGACUUUGGCCUGGCUGAGAAGAUCCCUGAUGUCAGCACGGGGAGUGAGAAGCUGGCUGUAGUGGGCUCUCCUUUCUGGAUGGCACCAGAGGUUCUCAGAGAUGAGCCCUAUAAUGAAAAGGCAGAUGUGUUCUCUUAUGGUAUCAUCCUCUGCGAAAUCAUCGCCCGCAUCCAGGCUGAUCCGGACUAUCUUCCCCGCACAGAGAAUUUCGGGUUGGACUAUGAUGCUUUCCAGCACAUGGUGGGAGACUGUCCUCCAGACUUUCUGCAGCUCACCUUCAACUGCUGUAAUAUGGACCCCAAACUGCGCCCAUCCUUUGUGGAGAUUGGGGAGACCCUCAACAAAAUUCUGAGCCACCUACAGGAAGAACCACCAGAGGACAAAAAGCCGCAGCCCACAAGCAAGGGACUCCUGGACAAAGUACCUGGGGUAAAACGGCUGAGCUCACUGGAUGACAAGAUCCCUCACAAGUCGCCACGCCCAAGCCCUAAGCGUACCAUCUGCCUGUCUCGGAGCCAAUCAGACAUCUUCUCCCAUAAGCCUCCACAUACAGUGAACGUCUUGGACCCCUAUUACCGGCCACAACGAGAUGGUGCUGCCCGCAUCCCCAAAGUCAAUCCAUUCAGUGCUCGCCAGGACCUUAUGGGUGGCAAGAUCAAAUUCUUUGCUCUGCCAAGCAAAUCUGUCAUCUCCCUGGUAUUUGACCUGGAUGCACCUGGGUCAGGUACCAUGCCCCUAGCUGAUUGGCAGGAACCCCUUGCUCCACCUGCUCGACGGUGGCGUUCUUUGCCCGGCUCACCUGAAUUCUUGCAUCAAGAAGCCUGUCCGUUUGUGGACCGAGACGAAUCACUAUCUGAUGGGCCCCCUCCACGCCUCAGUAGUCUGAAGUACAGAGUAAGAGAGAUCCCACCAUUCCAGGCAUCUGCCCCAACAGCUGCUUUGGCCUCUGAGGCCAUGGACUGCUCCAAUCCCCAGGAAGAAAAUGGUUUUGGCCUUAGGCCCCAGGGGACAGGACCCUGCCCUGAAUGUUCCUCUGAAGAGAUGGAGGCAGAAGAGAGGCCGAGAAGCUUGGUUCCCAGCCCCCUCCGUGCCUCAGGCAUGGGCCUUCAAACCCAGGGAGAGCAGGAUGGAUGAGGGGACUUAGACCCUGUCUACCUUGAGGAUGGCCUUUCAGCUGAAGCUGUAGGACCUCCUUGGGGCCCAGCCUUGACCUCCUCCUGGAGCCCACAGAUCAGCAGUGCUAGGCUAAGCCAGACUCAACUACUGAGCUCCCAGUACCAAAGGCUGUGGUAGGAGAAGGGAGCAAGCAGUGAGAGGUGUUGCAAGUUAGGGCCAACAGCUGAUCCCAAGCCUCUGAAAUCUAGCAUGGAUCUUUGGUGCCCACCUGAUCCCCCAGUGCACUUCCCCAAAUAGGACCAGGAUUCCUAGUUCUAUGUUGAGCUGGCAGGCAGCUAUUACCCCACUUCACCCAUCCCAGGUCUGUCUCUUGCACCUUCUUGGGACACAUAACUACUGGAUGGAACCAACAACUCACCAGGUAGCCAUAAAGGGCGUGACUUUUUCUCAGAUCUGAAGACUGGUGUGCUUCUUGCUAGUAUGUUUAAGACACUUGAAUAAUUGCUGUUUGCACUUACUGCAUGGUCAGACCACAUCACUACAUUUCUAUGCAAGGGGAGGGCAAGGCAAUGUGAUGGUCGUGGCUCUUAGCUAACCUAUUCAAAGAUCUUUACCAGUUGAUUAAACUAUUUCUGUAUUUAUAAAGGAGUCUUAAAUGUUCUGCCUCAUGAGACUUUCAACCACCUGGUUGGGAGUGGGGCUGGAUUUGUAUGCCCUAGGGCCUACUCUAUGUAUCUGUCAACAUGUGAUACAUACACCCAGUUGGUUAAAUGGGUAUACAGGGACUGAUUUUUCUCCCUGCUAUGGCUGGAGGUUCAGGAACAGUCUGUCCUCACAGAACCGCAAUAAGAAAUAACCAAAGAAUGAAGUUGGUCAAAUAUUUUCAUAACUUGUUUCUGUUGAUUUUUUU